AUGAAUAACGACAAAGAAAGUUUUAUCAUAUUCACAGAAAGAGAUGGAUUUGAUAAAAAUCAAAAACUUAAUAGCGAUUUAUACCCAUUUUCUAAUAAAGGAUAUUCAUUACUUGAAUUAUGUUGUUACCAUGGGGCUGUUGAUUGUUUCAAGCUAUUAAGAUCGAAAUUUAACUCAGAAAUAACUCAAGUAUGUCUUCAAUUUUCAUUUUUAGGAGGAAAUCCAGAGAUCAUGAGUGAAUGUUUGAAAUAUCAUAAACCAGAUGAAGAAUGCAUGGAAUAUGCAAUUAUUUCACACAACAUUGAUUAUGUUACAUUAUUGAUGAAUGAAUACAAUAUAGAGAUCGAUUUAUUUAUUUGUGGAUCUUGGCAAAAUCUUGAAGCAUUUUUAGUUUAUUUCGAUCAAACUAAUGAUAUUAACAAAUGCUUUGUUUAUUCAUCGAUAUUUAAUAUUCCAUCCCUUUUCGAAUACUUCCUUUCACAUGGUGCGAAUAUCAAUGAAAAAGAUGAAGAUGGAGAAACCGCACUUCAUCUUGCAGCACAGCAUAAUAGUAAAGAAACAGCUGAACUUCUUCUUUCACAUGGUGCAAAUAUCAAUGAAAAAGAUGAAGAUGGAGAAACUGCACUUCAUCUUGCAACAAAUGAAAACUAUCCAGAAAUUGCUGAAGUUCUCCUUUCACAUGGUGCGAAUAUCAAUGAAAAAAAUAAAUAUGGAAAAACCGCACUUCAUCUUGCAGCACAGCAUAAUAGUAAAGAAGCUGUCGAAGUUCUUCUUUCACAUGAUGCAAAUAUCAAUGAAAAAACUGAAGAUGGAGAAACUGCACUUCACAUUGCAACAAAAUAUAAUACAAAAGAAACCGUCGAAGAAUUCAUUUCACAUGGUGCGAAUAAUGCUCUUACAUAA